UUGACUUGGCUUAUCCUUUGUCACCUGUUCACGCUCUUAGCUCUGCUUUUGCUAACGUGUAUUCCCUUAUAGGAAGACCGAUCUCACAAAAAUUCGCUCUCAUCCCUUUGCUGCUUGUUGACCUUUAGCUUGCUUCUACUUCAUCAAAUUUGAUCUAAAGUCUCGAGGAGAUAUCAUCAAAGUAAUCCAGGGAUGUUGUGGCGAAUCAUGGCAGCAACUCAAUAAGUUUCAUCAGGUGGGAUUUACCUCUCGCUUUCAUUACCUCUUUCUAUACUAUGGAUCCUGGAACCGCAGCUACCAUCUUGAGCUGUUUAUGUCCCAUAAACGUUUUACAAGAAACAACAGCGCAGCGUUGCAGCUAUCUUAACAAGAAUCCAAAAGAGAAGAUAGAAGAAUUGAGAUCAAAAAUCGAAGAAUUAAGGGCACUCUUUGAAGAUGUGAAUAGAAAACUAAAGCAUGCAUGUAUUCAAGAAAGGAAAGCUCCCACAGCUCAAGUGAAACUGUGGUUGGAAAAUGUUCAAAAGUUUGACAAUAACGAGCGGCGCGAUCUACUUUCCCAGGAAGAGAAGAGAUGCUUAUGUAGAUAUCUUCCAAAUUAUGCCUCUCGCAGAAAGUUGGGGAAACUUGUUGAAAAGACUAUUAAGAUGGUUGAUGAGCUUCUUAGGAAGGGACAGUUAAUUAAAGAUGAUUCAUUGACUUAUUUGCUGGUAGAGAACGUAAAGGCGCUUCCAACGACAGUAAUAGUGAGCAAUGAAUCAACUAAAAGAACGAUAGGAGAAAUCUGGCGCCAUCUGACAGCAGACCAUGAAGUGAAAAAGAUUGGUGUUUACGGCAUCGGUGGCGUUGGAAAAACAACAAUUAUGAAAGAAAUAAAUAACCAACUCAAAAGAGAGAUGGAGGAAAAGAAGAUCACUUGUUUUGACAAUGUGAUCUGGAUCACAAUGCCUAAGAGUUCAAAUUCCGAAAAAUUGCAGAAGACCAUUGCAAAAUCUGUGAGCUUGCAUCUCCUUGAUCAUUGGGAUACAAUGGAAAACGCAGCAGCCUUACUGGAAGCCUUAACACGGAGGAAGAAACUUUUGCUGAUUUUUGAUGAUGUUUGGACUGGAUUUUCUUUAGAAAAUGUUGGAAUUCCUGAACCAACCGGAGAAAAUGGCUGCAAGUUCAUAUUAACUACUAGAUCGUUAAGGGUGUGCCGAGCCAUGGAGACAGACAAAGAAGUGGAGGUAAAGAUGCUUUCUGAGGAUGAAACAUGGAGCCUUUUCAGUGAAAAAGUUGGUUCUACUGUUCUGCAGAAAACAGAAAUUUAUGUUCUUGCAAGGAAAGUAGCAAAAGAAUUUGGUGGUCUUCCACUAGCCAUUGUCACAGUCGGAAGAGCCUUGAGAAAAGUAGAGAACGAAAUGGGGUGGCAGAAUGCAUUGACUGCAUUAAGAGAGUCUGCAGCUAAUGUGGAAGGCAUGGAAGAGAUGGUGUUUUCAUGUUUGAGAUUCAGUUAUGAAAGAUUAGAUGAUAACAUUGUCCGAUCAUGUUUCCUAUAUUGUGCCUUGUAUCCUGAAGGUCAUCAUAUUGAAGCAAAAGAGUUAAUUGAAAAUUGGUUGUGGGAGGGUUUGCUCGGUGAUGUAGGAAGACUACAAGCUAAUAUAUGGAAGGGACAAAUGAUUUUGGCUAAUCUUAAGGAUUCUUGUCUGCUAGAUCAUGUUAACGCAGAGAGUGGCAUUGAAUGUGUCAAAAUGCACGACUUAAUUAGGGACAUGGCAAUUGAUAUUACAAGAAAAAGUAGUCAUGUUUGCCUUAUCAGAGCUGGGAUUGCAGUAGAAAGGAUCCAAAUUCAAAGUGAGGAGAUUGAAGACGUGAAGAGGAUAUCCAUGAUGUAUAAUGAUUUGAUAUGUCUUCCUAAGAAUCUAUCUUGUCCCAAGUUAUCCUCUUUGCUGCUGCAGUAUUGCUCCGCGGACAAAGUAACUGAUCUUUGUUUUACCGGAAUGCAGAAUCUUAAAGUACUUGACUUGUCUUUCACUGGAAUUUCCUGUCUGUCUGAGUCCAUUGCCAACUUGAGGAAUUUGCGUGCCUUGCUAUUGCGUAGUUGUUGGAACCUAACAAGGCUGCCUUCUCUAGAAUUGCUCGAGGCUCUGUGGGAUUUGGAUCUAUCUUAUACUCCCAUCAGAAGCUUGCCAUUAGGAAUGGAAAUGUUACAUCACCUUAAGCGCCUGAAUCUUUCUUAUACAGAAUUGGACUCGUUUCCAGAAGGACUAUUAACCACUCUCAAUUUUCUAGAAGAAUUGCUUUUGUUUGGUUCUCAAUGUGCGUUUGGAUUAGAACUUGUCAAUGAACUCAUCGCCUGCAUAAACAUCGUUGUUCUUGAAGUGCAAUUCCAGGGCUCAGAAGUGUUUAAUAUUUAUACAAGAUCCGGGCAUUGGAAUAAUCUACAGAGUUUCAGAUUUGACAUAUGCUCAUUCUUUUACCACAAUAUUGGAGCAAUAAGGAAGCACGUUGAAAGGAGCAAGAGUAUAACCUGCAUAGGAAGUUUCUUUGUGAAUGGUACUCGUCUUUUGCUCCCUGAUUGCACUUCUGAGCUGCAACUCAGGCGCUGCAAUGAUGUUGAUAUAUUGUCAAGAUGCUUAUCAGAUUCCAUCCAGUUGAAAAAAUGUGCUGUCAGAUACUGUAAUCAAAUGGAGAGUAUAGUAACGACUGCGGAGAACAACUUGAACAGUCUAAAUUCGUUAAAGCUGUAUUCUCUAACAAAUCUGAAGAUGCUCUGCAGGGGUGUUGUCCCUCUAGGAACUUUCGGUGACCUUAUGAUCUUGCAAAUCAGUUGUUGUCAUUCUAUUGAGACUCUAUUCACUGUAACGCUGAUUGAACAGCUCGGAAACCUUGAAGAACUCACUAUCAGAUAUUGUUUAAGAUUGAAGGUGCUGAUACAGGAAGAAGGGUCAAUCCAGAGAGCUGAAGUCAGCCUUCCAAGACUUAAGAAUCUGGAAUUGUAUACGUUGUUGGAACUGGAGAGCAUUUAUAGUGAAGACAUGAUUUGCAAUUCUUUGAGCACAAUUACUGUUCAGAAAUGUCCAGGUCUAAAGAAGCUACCUAUCACCAUAUCGACAGGUCAAGGAGAUCCACAGCGACAACCAUCAACCACUCCACCAAUCAAAGAAAUCAUAGCAGAGAGAUGGUGGUGGGAUUCAGUAGUAUUGGCUAAUCCCGAUGCAAAAACCAUCCUCUGGCCUAGACUGGUAGAGCCUACAAUGAUGUACUUGGAACUGGAUGAACUCUGAACACUUCCAGGUUACCAUAUAAAUUAUGUCUACGUUAAAAAGUUGUUUGAUCAAUGCUAUUAGAACCUCAAUCAUUAUGGUAUGUAAUGGUGAUCGUACAUAACAAAGUAAAUACAGAAAAUAAGUUACAAUCUGCUCA